AUGCCGCCUCGCCGCCGGGGAGGUACGGGCUACCGCGGCGUCCGCGUGCGUCCGUCCGGCACCUACUCCGUCGAGAUUCGGUCGUGCAGCGGCAUGCGGCUCCGUCUCGGAACCUUCGACACCGCCCAGGAGGGCGCACGCGCGUACGACGCUGUGGCGUGGCGCCUCCUGCGGUCCCGUCAGGACAUGAACUUCGCCGACGUGGCGACGCGGGAGCGCGCACAAGAGUUGGCGCCUUUCCCGCGGCUUCUCAUCGACGAGGAUCGUCGCAAGCACCGGAGGCGGGAGCAUCGUCUCAGGCUGGCCGAGAUGGACGAGCAAGCCAUGGCGCUGUGGAGCCAUCGCUUCCCGGAAGACACCAACGAGGAACAGUUCUUCGCCCAGAGGAGGGCGAAGAGGAGGGAGGAGCGAGCCGACUAUCGCGAGGACAAGCGAACGCGGAAGGCGGUCGCUAAAUACAACCAAGCGCUAGGAGAUGCGUCCUCCUGGAACUCCGGCGACGAGCGAUUCCUUGACGCCUACACUCCGACGUCGGAGGAGGACAUCACUGAGACAGAGUCCGAGUCGGAUGAGUAG